CCGCCCCGCCCCCGUGGAUACGUGGAUACGGUGAGGCUUUCCGAAUUCUCCCAGCAGCUCAAUCACCUAUUUGGUUUUGGUAAUUGGACACCUGCUCUUCUACCCAGAGGUUGGUGGGGGGAAUGGGCGGGAUCUCCCGUGACUGUCCCCAGAGGCUACUUCUGCACCCGAAGGACCAACCACACAGCCAGGGCAAGAGCGUGGCCUUAGAGGUGGUCGGCCCGGUCACGCACAACUGUGUGACCUCCCACGAGUGACGUGACUUCUCCGGCUCCAGUCCCUCGUCCGUAGAAGGAAGAUGUUCAAGGAUCCUGCUCGUGGGGUGCAGCGAGCAUUAACUGGGAGACCUUGUGAGAAGCACUCCAUAAACGCUGGCUCUCACUGUCUCCGAGCAUCCCCGCUCGGCGCGGCCCCUGGAAGGCUCGGCCCUCUCGGUAAACCUCCAAGGGACGGCGUGGCCUCGGUCGGUACGGGCCUCCGCCGGGUAUUCAACGUCGCCACCAUCUCCACCUGGGAGACAGGCCGCGCUCAGGGAUGUCCGCCGUGGCCCCACGUCUCGGCAGGAGAAUCCGCGCCUGGCCGGAAGUCCUCACCACCGAGAGGCCGGCCGGCCCCGGCGCGCCUAGAGCGGCACCGGAAGUCCCUCGGGCGGAGCCUCAGGCCGACUUCCGGCUGGGGCAUGCGGGACGCCGUGCGUGCUUUGUCCGCUGGUGUGCGGGACGGGCGGCCGUGUUCCUGUCGUCCCUGGGCGCCGGAUUCUGACGUAGGAAUUGGUGACAAGAAGGUAACCGUGGAGCCUGAAUUUCUGAGGAUGGAAAUCUACAGGAGACAGUGUCAGAAACGCUCACAGUGAUGGAGCCCCCCACCCCUGAGUCUGGGCGGUGCCCUGAACUCAGAUUAGGGGGGCUGUUGGGAAACCUGGAAGGGCAGAGCCUGCAGAGAACCCCCUCUCAGGAGAGAGGUUUCAAGCAGGUGACAGUUACCCAUUGGAAGAUCCAAACUGGAGAGGCAGCCCAGGUGGGCACUAAGUCAGGAGGCAGCCCAGUCCUGAGCUCAAACCUCCUCAUCCUUGAGAGGGAGCUCGUAGAAGGGGAGGCCCACCCGUGUGAGACUUGCAGCAAAAGCUUCCCAUUUAAUUCAGACCUAGUUGGACAUCAGCUUUCUCAUACUGGGGAUAAACUUUACAAAUGUGAUCAGUGUGGGAGAGGCUUCAGCCAGAGCUCCCACCUGGCUGAGCAUCAGAGAGUUCACACCGGAGAAAGACUCUAUGUGUGUAACGUGUGUGGGAAAGAUUUUGUUCACUAUGCAGAUCUUACUGAGCAUGAGAGCAUACACGCAGGAGAAAAGCCGUUCAAGUGUGCUCAGUGCGGGAAAGCGUUCUGUCACAGCUCAGACCUGAUUCGGCACCAGCGAGUUCACACCCGGGAGAGACCUUUUGAAUGCAAAGAAUGUGGGAAAGGCUUCAGUCAGAGCUCAUUACUUAUUCGACAUCAGAGAAUUCACACGGGAGAAAGACCAUACGAAUGUAAUGAGUGUGGAAAAUCCUUUAUCAGGAGCUCAAGCCUUAUUCGACAUUACCAGAUCCACACAGAAGUGAAACAGUAUGAAUGUAAGGAAUGUGGGAAGGCCUUCCGUCAUCGCUCAGACCUCAUCGAACAUCAGAGAAUUCACACUGGAGAGAGGCCUUUUGAAUGCAAUGAAUGUGGGAAAGCCUUUAUUCGGAGUUCAAAGCUUAUUCAGCAUCAGAGGAUCCAUACUGGAGAAAGGCCUUAUGUAUGCAAUGAGUGUGGGAAGCGUUUCAGCCAGACGUCAAACUUUACUCAGCACCAGAGAAUUCACACUGGAGAGAAACUCUAUGAAUGUAAUGAAUGUGGGAAAGCUUUCUUUUUGAGUUCAUACCUUAUUCGACACCAGAAAAUCCACACUGGUGAGAGGGUGUAUGAAUGUAAGGAGUGUGGGAAAGCCUUUCUGCAGAAAGCCCAUCUCACAGAACAUCAGAAAAUCCACACUGGGGACAGGCCCUUUGAAUGUAAGGACUGUGGGAAAGCUUUCAUUCAGAGCUCCAAGCUGCUUCUACAUCAGAUUAUUCAUACUGGAGAAAAGCCCUAUGUAUGUAGUUAUUGUGGGAAAGGCUUUAUUCAGAGGUCAAACUUCCUUCAACACCAGAAAAUUCAUACUGAAGAGAAACUCUAUGAAUGUAGUGAGUAUGGGAAAGAUUUCAACUCAACUCCAAACUUUAAAAAUAAUCAAGGUAUUCACCAAGAGGGACUUCCCUUGAGUAAGACCCCCAUAUAUUUGGGUGAGAAUUCUGUAGGUCAGGGGGAACAUACCAAUAACUUAUAAUUAUUCUCUGACUCAAUGAGUGAUGUUUGGAAGUGAGUGGCAUGAGUCCUAAUUCAUGUGGCUUUCAACACGUCAGCAUUUCCCAGUCACAGAUGGGGCUGCUUUAGGAGUGGGCUACCACCUACAACUUUGCAGCAGUGCUGGACUGCUGUCCUUGGCUAGGGACACAUGUCCUCAGGAGAGCCGCGUACCUGGACAACUGACUUUGACCUGGAACAAGGAGCAGGGGGAGCUAGGUCUCAAGAGAGGGUUUCUGUAUUUUAUUGCACAACUACAAUUCGCCCCUGAGUUAAGUCCCUUUUAAAGCAGAACUAUGUACAGGCGUACCUCGGAGACAUUGUGGGUUCAGUUCCAGACCACUGCAAUAAAGUGAAUAUUGCAAUAAAGCGAGUCACACGAAGUUUUGGGUUUCCCAGUGCAUAUAAAAGUUAUGUUUACACUAUACUAUAGUCUGUUAGGUGUGCAUUAUGUCUAAAAGAAAUGUACAUACCUUAAUUAAAAAAUACUUUAUUGCUAAACAAUGCUAACCGUCAUCUGAGCCUUCAGCGAGCUGUAAUCUUUUAGUUGGCGGAGGGUCUUGUAAAAAACACAAUAUCUAUGUGGGGCAAUAAAGCAAAGUGCAAUAGAAUAAAGUAUGCCUGUAUCUAGUCUUACUACUUAAAAGAAUAUUGUGUAGCAAAUUUGGAUCUAUCAAAAAGACAAGUUGGAGAAAGAUACUCUCUUAUUUUAAACCACAAAUUGGUUCCCUGUUGUCCUUGGGAUCUCCUGCAUCCGAAGGCCUCUUGCUUCUUGGAGCCUCAUCCGCCAUGGCAUAGCUCCCUGCUGCAUGGUUGGCCCUAUGGCGGCACUAACUGCCGGACGUCCCCCCUUCCCAGCUCUGCCUUCGCCUGCCUUGUCCUCCAUGAAUGCUGUCCUCACCUGGUGAACUGCUCGUUGCUAGUCAGGACCCAUCUCCGGCAUCACGUCAGCCUCAGCCAGCUACCUCUCUGUGCUGCUGCUGCUUGGUGCUCGCCUGUUACAGCCCUUAAACUUUGAUAAAUUAUGUUUUUAUGUACUCUCUCAUUGUUAGACUGUUAAUUCCUUAAGGACAACGAUCAUAUCUGGUUGAUUUAUGUGUCCCUGGCGUCUGGCGCAGUGCAAUAAAAAGCACACCUCAAACCUGUGUGUAAUUGGCACCUCUCUUGCUCUGUCCUUUCUAUAUUGCUAUUUUUUAAGUGUUUGUACUUUUGUUUUGUGUAAUCAGUACAAUCUACUGGUUUACUGGAAAUAUCUUGUCUCAGCCCUGUUUCUGUCUUCUGCUUAUAAUUAACUCAGAAGUUGCAGGCAAUAGCCAGUAUAAAACUAAUGCCCCUCAUAUUUAUUGCCAUUAGAGCUCACCCAUGACUGUCCACUUGCUUUUGGGGAGCACUGUCUACACUUAGUUGUCUCUGUAUCUUUCUAACUCAAGGGGCACACACCCCCAGUGCACUACACAACUUUUCUUGUCUUAGCAGUCCAUGAUUGAACUCAACUUUUCAGCUCUCUGGCUCAUUUUGUCAUUUAUUUGAAAAUGUAUUGAUGCCUAUAAGGACCAGUGCUAAAUAGUGGGAAAACAGAGAUGAGUAAGACAUCAUCCAUCCUGAAGUUGUUCAAAGUCUGAAAAACAGAAAGAUCAUGGUGCACUGAGCGAAGUGUUGAAACAGAAGUAUGUUCCCAGGUGUAUAGGAGCAUAGGUGAGGAGGUGACUGAUUUGUCAUGGAGGGUCUGGGGAGGCUUCACAGAAGAGUUGACGUUUGAACUGGUCUUCAGAGAAAAGUAGAUGUGUCAGCUAGAGAAGAGAAGAAAGAACGAUCUGGGGGAGGGAAGCCAUGCAGAAGCAGGGAGGCAUGACCGAUUCCUCUGACAGGGCUGUUCAAAAGCGGGCAGGUUUAUUACACAGGGGAUCUCUGUCUAGCAAAAGUCUUGUUGCCUCUGAAUUUCUUUGAACGUUAACCAAAAGAACCAGUUUGCAAGCAGAACAAUUUUUUGCCCAUGAGGGCAUAUUUUGAGUUUUUAACAAAUUCCAGCAACUGUAGAAGCCUUGAGGGGGUAAAUAAUUUAGAAAGAGCAUACAGUACUCCAUCUUCUGGAAAACUCACCAUUACCAGAGACGUUUCAAAUGGUACAGAAGCAGAUAUUACCAGGCCAUUUUAAUCAGCUUUGUUCAGGUCCAAUUUCCAUACAGAAAAACACCUAUCUUAAGUGUACACAGUUUCGACAAAUCCAUACACGAGUGUAACCACCAUCACAAUAAAAAUAACAUUUCUAUUGCUCAAAAAUGUUCCCUUUUGCCCUUUCCCCAUUAGUUCCACCUCAGCCCCAAGUAACCGUUUUCUGUCCGUGUAGAUGAGUUUUGCUUGUUCUGGGUCUUCGUAUAAAUGGAUUCAUGCAGUAUGUUCUCUUGUGUGUCUGGCUUUCUCUUUGGUAUGUUUUAAAGACUCAACCAAGUGGUUAUGUGUUUCAGUAUCUCUUUGCUGAGUAGUGUUCCAUUGUGUGGAUAAGCCAUCAUUUGUUACUCAUUCAUCUGUUGAUGGAAAUUUGGGUUCCCAGUUUUGGCUCUUGUGAAUAAAACUGCUAUGAGCAUUUGUGUAAGCGUG